AUGCAAACAUCUUCAAGGAAGGGGCAGGUCCCAGCAGAGAGAGGAAGCUCUGGUCACAGCCAUGAAUGUGUGGGAUCCCAUCGCCUGUCACUCAGGGCCCAAAAGGGCGGGCUUGGGGCCUUAUUCAGUGCGGGCCCCGCUGCGGGAACCGUCCGAUCAGGCGGGCAGCGGAAGGGGCGGGGCCUUCCGCCAUCUUGGCGGGGCCUGUUUCUCUUGCAUCAGGCCGCCAAGCGUCCUCCGUGUGCGCUGCUCCUUCGCCAUUGCCCCGGGAGGUCGGGGUGGCUCUGCUGCAGCUUCUCCUCUGGGGGUUCCUGGAAGGUCUCCGUGGAGGAUGGCGGGACACCCCAGAACCCAGGAACUGGUCUUGCUGUCUUUAAACCACACCUGAUCACCUGUCUGGAGCAAAGGAAAGGGCUCUGGAAUGUGAAGAGGCAUGGAACUGUAGCAGAACACCCAGCUGUGCCCUCUCAUUCCACCCAGGACCAUUUGCCAGAGCAAGGGAUCAACGUUUCAUUUGAAAAUGUGGUACUAAGAAGAUAUGAAAAGUGUGGCCUUGAGAAUUUAAACUUAAUGAAAGACUGGGAAAUUGUGAGUGAGUGUAAGGAGGAGAAAGGAUGUAAUGAUGGACUUCACCAACAUUCAACAACUACCCAUGCUAAAAUCUUCCAAUGUCAUAAGUGUUUGAAAGUCUGUAAAAAAUUGUCAAAUCUAAAUAAACAUAAGAUAAGGCAUACUGUAGAGAAAUGUGUUAAAUGUAAAAAAUAUGGGGAAGCAUUUAACCAAUGCUCACACAUUACUGAACAUAAGAGAAUUCAUAAUGGAGAGAAACCUUACAAUUUUGAAGAAUGUGACAAAAUCUUUAAAUCUUGCUCAAGUGGUUCUAAUCAUAAGAUAAUUUUUACGGGUCAGAAAUGGUAUAAAUGUGAAAAUUAUGGUAAAGCUUUUAACCAUAAUUUAAAUGUUUCUACACAUAACAGAAUUCAUACUGAAGAAAAUCUCUACAAAUGUCAAAAAUGUGGCAAAGCCUUUGCCCGGUACUCAUACCUUACAAAACAUAAGAGAAUUCAUACUGGAGAAAAACCCUACAAAUGUGAAGAAUGUGGCAAAGCCUUUGGCCAGUGCUCACAUCUUGCUGAACAUAAGAGAAUUCAUACUGGAGAAAAACCCUACAAAUGUGAAGAAUGUGGCAAAACCUUCACCCAGUGCUCAGGCCUUAGUACACAUAAGAGAAUUCAUACUGGAGAAAAACCCUACAAAUGUGAAGAAUGUGGCAAAGCCUUUACCCAGUGCUCACACCUCACUGAACACAUGAGAUUGCAUACUGAAGAGAAACCCUAUAACUGUGAAGAAUGUGGCAAAGCCUUUAUUCAGUGCUCAGACCUUAGAAAACACAAGAGAAUGCAUACUGGAGAAAAACCUUACAAAUGUAAAGAAUGUGGCAAAGCCUUUAGCCAGUGUUCAUACCUUACUGAACAUAAGAGAAUUCAUACUGGA